UGAGGAAUUCAACAUGGCUGCUCCGGGCUGUCAGUAAGGGAGUUGUUUUCAACUCACGGGCGGCUCGCUGUACAGGCAAAGCGGGGGAGAAAAAUCGAACACCCUUCCUGUUAUCCGGCUGUUGUGCGGAAAGAGCUGCGGAGGAGCACGAUGGCCCAGUGUGUUCAGUCUGUGCAGGAGUUCAUUCAGGACUCGUUCGUGCCCAUGGUGGCGGUGCUGUGCAGCGAAGAUGCGGACAGGGUGACGCGCAAAAACAACCUGAAUUUCUCCGAGCUGCUGAGGCCCUUCUGCCGGCUCACCUCCGAAGGUCACUUGCGAGAUCCAAGCAACCAGAUCCAGGUGGUGAAGAACCUGAAGAUUUGUGUCUCCAACAUAGUGACCGAGCCCCCUCAGCAAGUGGUCACUCGCAGGCUGCUGAGCGAGGUGGUGUCAGCUAGCCAACCUGCUGAGAGCUCAGUGGCUAACGUGAUUACAGCUGGGGAUUAUGACCUCAACAUCAGCGAUCGCUCACUUAAAGCUAGUCUUCCAUGGUACAAUAGUUGGAAAGAGACACUGAUGGAACUGAGCACUUCCAAGUUCUAUACAGCCACAACUCCUUGGUUUGAGACCUAUCGAGAGACUUUCCUGCAGUCAAUGCCGGCCUCUGACCACGAGUUCCUCAACCACUGCCUAGCAUGCAUGCUGGUGGCAACAUCACAUGAGAAUGCACCUGUGGAGCAGUUCCAGAAGCUCUCGCAGGAGCAGCACCGCAUCCAGCAUGGCAGCGAGUGCACCUAUCCCAAGUGGUUCAUCCCCAACACGCUAAAGUACUAUGUCCUACUGCAUGACAUGGGUGAGGGCGAGGAGCAAAGGGCUGAGUCCAUCUAUGAGGACAUGAAACAAAGAUAUGGCACCCAGGGCUGCUACCUGCUCAAGAUCAAUUCACGGACAUCUGUACAGUCAUCCAACGAGCAGAUUCCAGACCCUUGGAGCCAGUAUCUACACAAAAGCAAUUUCCAGAAUCAGGAGAUGUACGAUGAAAGUCUUACUGGGAUAGUAAAUAAUAUGAGUGUGGAGAACAGUAUCAACGCACCCGAAGCUGAUGGACUCGACCUUCCUGCCAAAGUCCUUUCCCUGAUAGAUGCCCCUUGCAAAACCUGCAAUGACCACCCCCUGCGGCUAGACCAAACCAGUGCUCACAUGGAUGGCAUCGAUGCCCUUAGAGCACCAGUGUCAGAUGGCAAGAAGGUGCCAAGUGCCUCUUCGACGCAUGGGGCAUGCCUGACCCUCAAUGACCACGACCGUAUCAGACAGUUUAUUCAGGAGUUCACAUUCAGGGGGCUGCUGCCUCACAUAGAGAAAAACAUCCGCCAGCUCAAUGACCAGCUUGUGUCAAGGAAAGGCCUGAGUCGCUCUUUAUUCUCUGCAACAAAGAAAUGGUUUGGAGGAGGGAAGGUUCCAGAGAAGAGUAUCAGUGAGCUGAAAAACACAUCUGGCUUGUUGUAUCCACCAGAAGCACCUGAACUUCAGAUCAGGAAAAUGGCUGACCUGUGCUUCCUGGUGCAGCACUAUGACUUAGCAUAUAGCUGCUAUCACACGGCUAAGAAGGACUUCCUCAAUGACCAGGCUAUGCUGUAUGCUGCUGGUGCUCUGGAAAUGGCUGCUGUCUCUGCCUUCCUCCAGCCUGGUGCCCCGCGACCCUACCCUGCUCACUACAUGGACACUGCCAUACAAACCUACAGGGAUGUGUGCAAGAACAUGGUGCUGGCUGAGCGGUGUGCUCUGCUCAGCGCUGAGAUUCUCAAAAGCCAGGCCAAAUAUUCAGAAGCAGCCACCCUUUUGAUUAAAAUGACGAGUGAGGACUCUGACCUGAGGAGUGCGCUGUUGCUGGAGCAGGCAGCUCACUGCUUCAUCAAUACGAGGAGCCCCAUGGUGCGCAAGUUUGCUUUCCACAUGAUCUUAGCGGGUCACAGGUUCAGCAAAGCAGGACAGAAGCGGCACGCCCUCCGGUGCUACUGCCAGGCCAUGCAGGUGUACAGGGGCAAGGGCUGGUCCCUAGCUGAGGACCAUAUCAACUUCAUCAUUGGAAGGCAGUCCUUCACGCUUCGACAGCCUGAAAACGCUGUGUCUGCAUUCAGACACAUCCUGCUCAAUGACAGCAAGCAGGCUGCCUCGCAGCAGGGCGCUUUCCUUCGGGAGUACCUCUAUGUGUACAAGAACGUGAGUCAGGCAUCCGCAGAGGCAAGUCUGCCCCAGCUGCCCCUUCCUUGCAUACAGAGCUCUGCAACAAGGGUCUUCUUUGGUCAUGACAGGAGGCUGGCAGAAGGUGAGAAGCAGGCCGCCAGCCAUGUCAGCCUAGAUCAGGAGUAUGACCGUGAGCUGUCCCAGCAGUGGCGGGAACUGGAAGAGCAGGUAGUGGCCAUCGUCAACCGUGGUGUCCUGCCCGUCACCUUCCAGCCGACCCAGUACUGCCUGAACAGUCAGACGGACAACAUGCGGUUCCCUUUAGCCGUCGUGGAAGAGCCCAUCAUUGUUGAAGUUGUCUUCAGAAACCCGCUGAAAGUGUCACUAGUCCUUACUGACCUCUCACUGCUGUGGAAGUUUGCCUUGAAGGAGUUCACUCUGCCUCACGGUAGUGAGGCCAGUGAGAUUGUGAGCAACGAGAAGGAUGUGCAGACAUCAUCGCAAAAGGAUUUAAUCACUACUGAAGUUAUAUCAGAGUUUUGCAUGAAUCCAGAAGAAACCAAAGUGGCUCGUCUGAAGCUGCUACCACACCAGACAGGCGAGCUGCACAUCCGGGGGGUCGUGUACAAUCUGGGUGCUGCUCCCUCCCCUGGUGAUGAUGGGACUAAGGUAGAAGGAAGCGUGUUCAGCGAUGGGAUGUUUGUUCGGGGUCGACAGGACCUGGAGAUCCAGGGUCCACGGCUGAAUAGCACUAAGGAAGAGAAAACCUCUGUGAGACAUGGACCUGACCGACGGCUGGAUCCCAUCAUCACACCCCCUAUGCCUUUGCUUGAAGUUUUCUUCAUCAACUUCCCUACUGCACUGCUGUGUGGGGAGAUCAGGAAGGCAUAUGUCGAGUUUGCCAAUGUGAGCAAGGUACCCCUAACGGGCCUCAGGGUGGUUUCCAAAAGGCCUGAAUUCUUUACGUUCGGCAGCCAUACCUCAGCUCUGACACCGCUUAGCCCUGGGGCCUCUGAGAACUGCAGCGCCUAUAAGACGGUGGUGACAGGAUCCUCCUCCUCCUCUUCCUCGGCUGUUGCCACCACACUUGUGUCACCUCUGGACUUUGGUGCCGGGGGCAAUGGGUCGCAACCUGGCGUGGUGGACAUCCCUUUACCAGACUCUGUGCUCCAGCCUGGAGCCUCUAUUCAACUACCUAUGUGGCUGCGGGGACCAGACAGGGAGGGUGUGCAUGAAAUCAACUUCCUGUUUUACUAUGAGAGUACAGAGAAGACGUCCAAGAUGAGCCACCGUGUGCUGCGGCACACAGCGAUCAUAUGUGCAAGUCGUUCCCUCAGCGUCCGGGCCACAGCGUGCCGGAGCAACACGUUGCCCGAGCGUAGCAUGGAGCGUGAUGGCAGCAUGCUGGUGUUUGUGGAUGUGGAGAACAUCAACACCAAUGAGGCAGGUGUGCGGGAGUUCCACAUUGUGCAAGUCUCCAGCUGCAGUAAACAGUGGAGGCUACACAGCUGUAUCAAUCCCGUUGGAGACAAAGAUUCUAAGCUCACAAGCAGGGAGAGGGGAAAGCUGUGCUUUCGAGCCAUAAAGUGCAGGAACCAGGAAGCUACCUCAAACGCAGCAGGGAGGUACACAUUUGCUGACAUAAACCUAGGAAAUGAGCAGAUAAUCAGCUCCACCACUCCGUGCGCUGACUUCUUCUUCCGGAGAUGCCAGACCACAGAGCUGAAAAAGGGAUUCACCACUGGGGGAGUGUCCUUUGGCCAGUCUGGUAGCUUGAGUGACAGCGAGGGUGACAUUGCUAGUGUGGUCCGCAAGUGCAGCGAAGUGGACCUCAACAUCGUCGUGCUCUGGAAGGCGUAUGUUGUUGAGGACAACAAGCAGCUCAUCCUGGAGGGCCAACUUCACGUUGCUUUGCAGACCAUCGGAAAGGAGGCGUGCUCCCUGUCGCAGAAGGAGGAAGCUCAGGAGAUGGUGCUGCUGAAGUUUCGGCCAGAGCUCCCCCCUCCACUCGUCAGGCCAUCCACAGAGCAGCUCUCCCACCUGAUCAAAACCAAUCUUCACUACCCUGAGUCUUACGACCACCCAUUUCCUCAGAAAAGUCUCUGCAUGGUACCCGUCACUCUGACCCUUUCCAACUGCUCCAUGGUUGAUGUGGAUGUCGUCAUUGAUCUGAGACAUAAAGCUACCAGCCCAGAGACAUUGGAGAUCCAUGGGUCCUUCACUUGGCUGGGCCAAACACAGUACAAGCUUCCUCUGAAAGCUCAGGAGGUGCACAAGCUUCAGCUGACUGCCUGUUUCAUACAUGCUGGGGUGUACAACCUGGGCACCCACCGUGUCUUCGCCAAGAUCGCCAACCAGGACUCCACGUGUGAGGCCUCCCAGCAGAGCUCCAUGCCAGCUCUCAUCGUCGUCAACAGCAUUUGAAUCUUACGUGGGAUCCUGACUCUGCCCGAGCCACCCUUCCUCAUAUGCGCACACACAGACACAAUACUGGAGACGGUGAUUUUGUACUUCUUAAUAAAAGCAAAAAUGAAAAGUCCUACAACAAAGUAUGCUUGUAAACUUGCAGUUAUCAGGUCUUAAAUAAACCUUACCUGUUUUAUGUUCCAACUUGAAAGCAUUAUGGACAUUUCAGAGUAAUGAUUAUUUCUGUAAGCAUAUUUAUCUUUCAUCUCAACUUGUAACUUUUUGGUCUUUUUUCAGUAUAAAAUAGAAAAGAUAUAGAGAUGGAGAAAUUCAGCACUGUUUAGUUCCAAACUGUUUGUCUUCCUUGAGAGUAAUUGUGAAAGAAUAAUUCUGGUGGUAAUGGAUAAUUUCCCUGCGCGCUCUCUCUCUCUCUCACACACACACACACACACACACACACACACACACACA